GACGAAGUGCGCACGGUGUUUGUGACUGGCUUCCCCGCAGAUGUCAAGGAGCGGGAGCUCAACAACAUGCUGCGCUUUGUCCACGGGUAUGAGGCGUCCCAGAUGCACUGGAAGAACGGACUGGCGCAGGGCUUUGCCCUGUUCACGCAUGGGGAGGCAGCGCGCAUGGCCAUCAGCAGCAUCCACAACCUGGUCUUCGACGACGGCGCGAUACUUCGGUGCGAGAUGGCGCGGAAGAACAUGUACAUCAAGGACGACGCGGCUGCUGCCAAGCGCGGUCGCAUGGAAUAUUCCCCCUACCCGGCCGCGCCGUCCCCGGCGCCCUCUGGAGGAGCUUACUAUGCGCCGGCCCCAGCGUCGGCGCCGGUGCAGCCGCCGCGCAGCUACGUGCCGGUGAACAACACGAAGGACAAUCCGCCGUGCAACACGCUGUUCAUUGGCAAUCUGAGCGAGAACACCAACGAGGACGAGCUGCGCGGCCUCUUCGUGGGGCAGCCGGGCUUCCGCCAGCUCAAGCUUGUUCGCGGCGCACGGUCGGUGACGUGCUUUGUCGAGUUCUCGGACGUCGCCUCCGCCAUGGGCGUGCACCAAAGCCAGCAGGGCGCAGUGUUGUCGACAUCGGACCGCGGCGGCAUCCGCAUCCAGUACUCCAAGAACCCCUUUGGCAAGAAGCGCGACGCCAACGGCAACUGGAUCAACACCCACGACAGCCCAGCCGCGUACGCGCCGCCCUACAGCCCCAGGUGUGGGGCGCACACUUAG